UCCCCCCCCCCGCCCGCGGUGGGCGAGUGGCCCGAGGCGGGGAUGCCCGGGCAGCUGGAGGCGGCUGGCAAGGUGGCCGCGCCCUGGGGUGGCUGGGGCUGCGCUGUUCCUAGGAGACGGGAGCAGCGGCCGGCGGGGGAGGGGAGCCAGUGGGCUGCUGCUCUAGAAGCUGAAAGGGCUGCAGGGAGCUCUGGGUAAGACGUUUGCUGCUGCUGCUGCUGCUGUUGCUGCUGCUGCUGCUGCUGCGGUGGAAGCUGCUGGGAGUCAGUCAGAGGCGGGAGGACCGAGAGGGAGGAGGCUGCGUUCGCAGCCAGCCAUGCUGAAUCACUGUUGCUGAGCGCAUCUCCCGCGGCUGGCCCCCAGCGCAGAGGGCGCACCCGGCUGGGCCUCGCCUCAUGGAGGGUGAGAGCAUCAAGCUGAGCUCCCAGCCCCCGGUUCAGGCCGGGGAUGAUGAAAAGAACCAGAGGACGAUCACUGUCAACUCUGCCCACAUGGGGAAGGCGUUCAAGGUUAUGAAUGAACUGCGGAGUAAACAGCUGUUAUGUGAUGUGAUGAUUGUGGCCGAAGAUGUCGAGAUAGAAGCCCAUCGUGUGGUCCUGGCAGCCUGCAGCCCCUACUUCUGUGCGAUGUUCACAGGUGACAUGUCCGAGAGUAAAGCCAAGAAGAUUGAAAUCAAGGAUGUGGAUGGGAGGACGCUGAAUAAGCUGAUUGACUACAUCUAUACGGCAGAGAUUGAGGUGACCGAGGAGAACGUCCAGUUCCACCUUAUUUAUUGUGAGGCAGAUACCUCUCCAGUGACCAGAACACCUAUUUCCCUUAUCCAGAAUCCCACCUCCUUUACCAGGAUCAAGGCAUUUGGGAGACUACAUUGGUGCUGCUACCGGCAGCCAGCCUGCUGCAGCUCAUGGAUGUUCGGCAGAACUGCUGUGACUUUCUGCAGUCUCAGUUGCAUCCCACCAAUUGCUUGGGCAUCCGCGCAUUUGCAGAUGUGCACACCUGCACCGACCUUCUUCAGCAGGCCAAUGCUUAUGCAGGUAUUUGAAGCUGUGAUUUCAUGGAUCAAUUAUGAGAAAGAAACCCGUUUAGAACACAUGGCAAAACUGAUGGAACAUGUUCGUCUCCCUCUCUUACCUAGGGAUUACCUGGUCCAGACAGUUGAAGAAGAAGCUUUGAUAAAGAAUAACAACACCUGUAAGGACUUCCUCAUUGAGGCCAUGAAAUACCAUCUGCUCCCUCUGGAUCAGAGGCUCUUGAUUAAGAACCCAAGGACCAAGCCCAGGACUCCAGUUAGCCUGCCCAAGGUCAUGAUUGUGGUUGGUGGCCAGGCCCCCAAGGCGAUCCGCAGCGUGGAAUGUUACGAUUUCGAAGAGGACCGGUGGGACCAGAUUGCUGAGCUUCCCUCCAGGAGAUGCAGAGCAGGUGUGGUGUUCAUGGCUGGUCACGUGUAUGCUGUGGGCGGGUUUAACGGCUCACUGCGCGUGCGGACAGUGGACGUAUAUGAUGGUGUGAAGGACCAGUGGACGUCCAUCGCCAGCAUGCAGGAGCGCCGGAGCACUCUGGGUGCGGCCGUGCUCAAUGACCUCCUCUACGCCGUGGGGGGCUUUGAUGGCAGUACUGGCCUAGCAUCCGUGGAAGCCUACAGUUACAAGACCAAUGAGUGGUUCUUCGUGGCUCCGAUGAACACACGGCGGAGCAGCGUGGGUGUGGGCGUUGUGGAGGGGAAGCUAUAUGCUGUCGGGGGUUAUGAUGGGGCUUCCCGCCAGUGCCUGAGCACCGUGGAGCAGUACAACCCAGCAACCAAUGAGUGGACGUAUGUGGCAGACAUGAGCACUCGCCGUAGUGGUGCAGGGGUCGGGGUGCUCAGUGGACAGCUGUAUGCCACCGGCGGGCAUGACGGGCCCCUGGUGAGGAAGAGUGUUGAAGUUUACGAUCCUGGAACAAACACCUGGAAGCAGGUGGCAGACAUGAACAUGUGCCGGCGAAAUGCAGGCGUCUGUGCGGUGAACGGGCUCCUGUAUGUGGUCGGAGGGGAUGAUGGAUCCUGCAACUUGGCCUCGGUGGAGUACUACAAUCCUGUCACCGACAAAUGGACACUGCUGCCAACCAACAUGAGCACGGGGCGGAGCUAUGCAGGUGUUGCUGUGAUUCACAAGCCCUUGUGAUCCCCACUCCCACUGCCAGGAGGUGGAGGAGGGGUGGGGUGCUGCCUGUGACUCAGAACAGCGGCACCAUGACUGCUGGGUGCCACUCACUGUGAGAAACAGCAGUGGAGUCAGAAGUGCCCUCCUCUGAUGUGGCAAAGUGGUGUCUGGCCUGAAGACUGGUGACCUGUCUCCUGCUCCCCUGAAGCAUUCGGGCCUCCUCCCUGAGCAGUGGGUUCCUGAUAGCUCGAGGCAGCACCUUUGGGCUUUAUUGUGUGUUUCUAUGGGAACACCUGAGAAACCUGUGUGUGUGUGUGUGUGUGUGUGUGUGUGUGUGUGUGUGUAGAACAUGGUGUUCCACUAGGUUGGGGGAUGUGUGACAAUCUACUGGAUUUCUUUACUACUGAUCCUUCUGUGCUAGAAAUCAAAUCACAGAAACCUCUCUUCUGGAUUUACCCCAUGGGAACCCUGAGAUUACUAAAGCUGCUGUCUUCUGGAGGUCUGGUUGAACAGGCCAGGAAUGUCCAGAAAUGACUGGUGACAGGGGCAUUGCUUUGACUAUGCCUGUAGACUGGCUUUGACUACUGGCACUGUCUGCAGAAGAGCUGGGCAUUAUUGAAUCUGCACUGUGUCUUCUGUGUGCUAGAACUGGGAACAAAUGGGUUCCUUAGCCUCUCCCAAAGGGUGCUCUUCUUUGGGCUCUCUUCCAGGAAGCAGAUGAGAACCGUCUAGUCCUUGAUGUUUGGGAUGCUUUUGUGUCUCUUCAAUUGGAAAAACUAGCUCUUUGGAGGAGCCCCGCCCCGAGUAUGACACUGGAGAAAAAAAAUAUGUACACAUGAAAGACAAAAACAAAACAACAAACCAAAGUGGUAAGGCAGUUCCUGCCUAAAAUGGUCUCAGAGAGGAUCCUACUUCUGAGUUUUGUUGGGAUAGGCAGUGCCCAUUUAUACUUAUUACCCAGGCUUAAUUAUUCACAGCCUCCUGUUUUACUCUCAAAAGUGUUCUUGGUUUGGAGGGUAAGUAAAAGGUCACCCUACCUCCAAACCCAAAGAUAGUUUUGCCCCUGCCUUGGGGUCAUAUGUGAUCUAGAUGGACAUGGAUGACUUCAAAGGAGUACACCAGCUGGGGCUGACCCUCAGCAUUUGAUGGCAAUGGUCAGAUCUGUCUGAGGUCCUCGUCUUCCUUUCCUUGUACUCUCUCUCCCCUUGUUCCAGGGCCUGCAUCCUCUCUCCAGCCCUCACAAUAUUUCCUUCCUCCUUGUUUUUCCUGAGAGAGAGGAGGUGGUAAAUGCCCUGAAUGUGUGAUCUCUUUCAGGGUUACCUGCAUUUUAAAAGAGGAGCUUGGUGAAAGCUUUGCUAAUUCACAGGCAAAAAUUAUUAGUGACAGAACUUCAAGCAUCUGGAGGGGGGUGGGUAUUUGAGGACACAUGGAAUCAUUUUCAUUAAAAAAAAAUUGUGAAACUGUUCCUCAAAUUGCAAAUCACUUAUGUUGGAAUUUUUGGCAUAAGAUGGAAAGGUCUUGUGUCUGGAGAAUAGUGUCACGUUGUCGGGGCUGGGGAUUAAUGCUCCCUGGUGUGGUGGUCCAUUUACAGGAGUCAAGGGGCUUUGUGGAACCUGAUAAGGGACUUCUGGUAUCACUGGGCUACUUCCAAGCAGAUACUAAAGGAGACUGGCACCCUCCCAGCUCACUCUGGCAGGAAUAAAGCCAGUAGCCUCCCUAGUAGUUGGCUGCUUUGUGUAUUUAAUGCAUAUUUUUGAGCACUAAACACUCAACUCUCUUGAAGAAGAAACGUCUUCUGAUGUUGAGCAGAUAUUUCAGUGAGACGUUUGGAGGGCAGCACUGAGGCAUCUGGAAUUUUUAGCGGCUUCGGAAAGAGGCUAAAAUAUCCAGCUUUGUUGGACAUGGAGGAAAUAUUUCCAGGGGAAUCAAGGCAUGCCUUCAGUUAGGUGCUGUGUUCUCACCUGGCCACUGGAGAUGACAGUGGUUUCAGAGCUCUGCCUUGGCUUGGAAGCUGAUGGAAUGAGCUUCUUGUUGCCAGUGUUCUUCCUCUCAGCCUGAGGAAGGUUUGGGGCUUUCUUUUGGUUUCUGGUGGGGAUGAGGCUGGGGGUUGGGGUCCCAUGUGUGUUGUUCACACAGCUCCUGAUUUCAGAUUAAAGGUGAACUUCCCACCCCCUCUCCCAGCACCUGGGAGCUGAAAUUUCAUGCAUAUGUGGGAGAGGUUCUUGUUUUUCAUCUGCCUAGAGUGGGUCCCUUCCCUCAGAGCUCACCAGCCAUAUUUUCUGCUUUUGGAGUUUUGCUAUUGAUUCCACGUCACAGCUCCCCAGGAAGCACUGCCCAUUUGCCAAUAGUCCUGCUGAGGCCACAUUCAUUUCAUCCUCAUGCGUCCUUUCUCAUGGGGACUCUGACACUGGUACGUCACCACCAAAAAGCCAUUGGGCUCUAGCCGCCCACAGAUGCCAUUUAAAACCUGCUGUCUCACUAUCACUAGGUACGAUUCUCUCUCCACAGUGAACACAACUGACUUGAUUUCAAGUCUGUGCUGGUCACAUGGUAGGUGAACCCCUUGCCGCACCCCCCCAUCUGGGUGGCCACAGCUGCUUGUGAAUGCAGCUUUGCGGAUGGCAUAUCUGAAAGCCGAUCACAGUGAUGAGAUGGAAUUGCAGCCCAAGGUUAGAAGCCGCUUAGAUGCUGCUUGGAUACUGAUUUGGACAACACAGAAGUCAGACUCUGAAUUCCAAAGUCACUUCUAAGUACUUAAUGGCAUCUCUCCUUCUAAAAAGUUGCAGUAUUAUGCAAAUGAAGCUGACCUCAUUUUCUGCUAUGCAGUAAGAACACUUAAUUCUCUUGAAUGACAAACGAGUUGCAAUAUCCCCUAGCAUGCUUUUCGAGCUGUGUUACUUUGAUAUCUGUUGUGUAAUGUUUGUAUAUUCCUGAGCCAGAUCCUUUCAAAGAUUGCCUUUUUAUAAAACUGAAGCUAUAGCUUUCAGGCUAAACUUUUAAUGUAGAUAUUUUUAUAAGAUAAUUUUUUAGGAUAUUUGAAUUGAUUUUUAUUAUCCAUGAUAAUGAAAAGUUCUGUUCCAUAAGUCAUUCACUCUUAUAGUUCAUGCCUGUAACUAUUUUCCCUUUGCUUGUCGCCCUCCUAAAACAGAUUUUUCAGUAGUUCUGGGUAGAUGAGUCUUUUUUACUUUGAGUCCUCUUUCUCAUACCAUAUUUGAGGGAGAUUGCUGGAAAACACAAUCACUGGUGUCUCUAGAAUUGCUUAGGGACUAAUGUUUAGCCUGACUCAGCAAUUACCCUGUACUGCCUGGCCACUGUUUUGGAGUCCGUUCCUUGCAGGAGUGAAGCUGGUUGACCCAUCUCCUGGUGUCUCUCACUGCCUGGUGCUGAGCCUGGCAUGCUGUAGCAUGGAGAUGCUCCAGAGAAAGUCUGCCCUCCAGUGUAUACUCCCAGGAGUUUCCUAGGUCUAGUAAACUAGUCCUCAUUCUUUUCUGUCCCGUUGUUCUUCUGAAGCUUCCACCAGCUAAAGGCCCUGUUGCUGGAUGAUGUCCCUUUUGGAAGCAUCUUGUUUAUAAACUUUAAAGGAGGGGUCACUCCUCAUGAUCAUUAAGAAUGUGUUAAGCAUGUCCUUUACAGAUGCUUAUACUACACCUAAAGCUUACUUGUUUCUUGAGCUUUAUCUAUAUACUCCAGCCUCUAUUUUGUGUAUUUUUCUGCCAUUAGCCUUAUUGAAAAAAUCUUUUAUUUUUAUUUUUGGGACAGGUGCCAUUUGAAUUGCCUCCAUGCUCCCCAUUUGCACCUUUUUGGAUCGGGUUGGGAGAUUGAACAAACUCCUAUUCCAGUUAGCUGGAGUUUUUAAGGUUUUGUUUUCCUGGAGAAGCAAGGAGGUUGGAUUUUUUUUUUUUAAAGUGUUUGCACUAUUUAGAGUCCUAAGCCCCUCGUGUUAAGCUGUGCUGUGUGUGCUGUGUGACCAAGCAGCAGCACUUUUGACAUUUGGGAAUGGAAGAGACUUCUAUAGUGGAUAAUCACAACUUCAUAGCCCCUACACAGCCUUUGUCAUGGGGCUAAGUGUCUCGUGGAUAUGGCAUGAGCCAAGGCAGGAAUGCUUGUAACUGUGGCAUUUGGAGAAACAAAUUAUGUUCUUGCCUUGGGUUAUGAGUUUGAAAAUUAUUUCCCCCUCUUUCUAGUGGCAUAAAAGGGCCCUUGUUCGACUUCUUAUUUAAUUUGUGUAUGAUGUAUAAAAUACUUUGAAAGAAGGCUCAAGACGCUGAAUGUGUAUGUUUGUGUGGGUGCUCUGUCCAUGUGGUUGCCUGUAGACAACCAGACUUGAUCACUGAUGCCCUGUUAACACACUGCAUCGGUAAGGUCCUUGAUCUGCUCUUCUCUGCUUGGAUGUUAGAGCCCAUCUGUCUUGUAAAAGAACACUUGUCAUAUCCUCCAUCAGUUACAGUGGUAGCUGAAGAAACCAUUCCUCAAAUGUAUUAUUUCAAUAGGAAUCAAGUUUUAGUUUCCCAUACUUCGUGUUAAUUUUAAUAAAAGCUGAACUGUGAAAACCUU